AUGGUUACCACCGGCUCCUAUCGCACAAACGUGACCAAACUUAAGUGCAGAGAAAAUUUACCGGUUUCGCCAGGAGUGACUGGUUGGAAGCAGACGUUUAGCUUGCUAGCAGGGCUGACUGGUCAAAAAAGAAGACGCGGAUUGGCAUUGGAGGGUCAGAUAAAGCAUCAAAAAGAAGCACUUGCCUCAACUACUGUCUUUCAAACAUCAGAAAAUGAUGAAGGAUAUGGACAGCUAAUGUAUUCCACCUUCAAGGACAGAUGGAGUUCUAUCAAGAGACCGCGGGCACAACAAGUACUUGUCAUUUCCUACCUGGUACGCGUGAAAAUAUGGCUCGGUGUUAGUACACUCAGUGUAAAGGUCCCAUUUUUGUUAAUGCACCCACCCGAGGAGACGAAGGAUAACUCUAAUUCCGGCCUAAAGUGA